GUCUUACCAAAAGCCACCAAGCUGCUCCAAAAUCAAUUAUAAAAUGGAGAACAUAUCGUAUCAGCAAAUUGUCAAGUCGGGGAUAUCAAACACUGCGAUAAAAGCUACCGCGGAGACCAGUUUUGCGCCCUCUCAAACAUCACAGCCUCCAAAGCAAGUAUUCCAAUUCGUGCCAUCCCAAUCGGAGCCUACGAAAUCAGCCCCUCCGCCUGAAAUUGAAAAGAUUGAGACUUUACCUAACACGCCAGCAAGUGCUCAAACAAAACCUGCUUUUUCCGUGCCAGCAUCUUUUUCAUUCGCACCAUCACAGCCACAAUCAGAGCAGAAUCCUGUUACGAUCGCACAAACGGAGCCUCCCAAACCGCCAAGUCGGCUAAUCGAUAGCCCAGUAUUUGAGGCCGCUGCAAAAAUGGUGAUCGGUAAUCUUCUCCAUGACGUGGUUCGGAAGGAAACUGAAACAAUUGUCAAGAACCUGGUUGAGAAGGAGAAUCAACGGCGGAUCCAGCAACAUAAUCAGAUUGUCGAUACGCUUAAAAGCGAGCUUUUUGUGGCAUUCAUGAGAGAGCAAAUGUACAUCACUGCCAUAGACGUGAAAGCUAGGUUGUUUAGAGAAAGAAAUCUGAAACGAAGAAUACUACAGAAAAUUAAACUAGCUGCGGACAGGCUUUUGGUGAAGCAAAGCGCUAAAAAAAGCAAACUUAACGAGAUCCAUUCGUUUGCCAACAAGGUUCGACCUGCAUUUGUGCUUCCGGCACACGCGUCUUCUCGUCAAUCAUCGCUGAGUCCCUCUCCAUUGAAGAAAAAGAACGGAUUUGAAGAGGACAACGUGAACUGUCUUGUUGAUCUUCAACCAUAUAUCAAUCAACAUCUACGCAUGCUGGUCAUCGUUGAUACAUGGGAUGAUGCGGUUGCAAAAUGGUUGUCCAAUAAACUGUCUCUUAAAGAAACCGUUGAGACAGGGAAGCGUGUCAAGACAGCUAAACUGGAGACAACAGAGGGAACCCUUGCCAUCAGCUCAAUCCCUGACCGAUUUCGUUCACGGGUUGUUUUUAAGAAUGUCAACCUCUUGCUGAUAAAAAUUGAAUACCCUAUAUCGCAUGAUCUCACAACAUCGAGACAAGUUCUGGCCAAAGUGAUUGAGUAUUUGUCGAGAUUCAACAGAGAGGAGCCUGUUACGUUGAUGCUUGUUCUCAUAAAUUUUCCUCACGAAAUUGAACUGAUAUCCAACCCACCCCCAUGGCUCACUGUUAGAAGCAUCAAUCUAAACGCUAAAAUGAGUCCAUUAACGCUGCAAAAUAAGUUUCAUCAAUUUCUCAAAGAGUCUGUCGAAAAAUACCAUCCAUCUUCAUCGUCACUGCAGGACGCCGAGACGACGCUAAUGUCCAGGUACACAACCAUUGAAAAUACGCUUGUGGGUCUUCUCAGAGACGAUCUGAGCAACCGUCACAAACUCGACUAUAUAAGGUCACUUGCAGGCAAACGUAAAGUGUCAUAUGAUUCUGAGGUUUCAUUGAUGACGGAAGAAACUCCGCCAUCGGGCAACUUUGAGUUUUGCAAGACUGACACUCCUUCAUUAGACAUUUCGAAGAAGAAGAAACAGAAGAUCGAUGCGUUGCUUGCUCUGUCAGAAUCUGUGUUGAAACGCUAGUACC